AUGGGACCCCAUGCUGUACUGCUGGUCACUAAGGCAAAUAAGUCAUUCACAGAGACACACAGAAGAGCAGCGCAGGAACACCAGGAGCUUCUGGAGAAUAACAAGAGCGAUGGUGGCCAGGUGACAGAGCUGCUGGAGAAGAUAGAGGAGAUGGUGGCAGGAAACAGUGGAGGGUGGAGUAUGGAGAACCCUCCUAAAUUUACAGAAGGCCGUCCUGAUGACUACUCAAGUGGAGAUGCUGGAUAUGACUCUGUUAAAUCAGGACUUGAAUCUGAGCUCAUAAAGCCUGAGAAGCAGCUGAGCGCUGCUGGCUCUGCUCAACGUUUUGGACAACAGAAGCCUCCCUUGAGACCAGCACAUAGAAAAGCACCAUGUGCUGAGCGGAAAGUCUUUGAAAGAAAGGUUCCAUUUGUGGAUGAGUCGACAAUAACUGUAAAUUAUGAUGAACGCAUCGGACGUGGCUCCUAUGGAACCGUUUACAGAGGAUCAUACCAGGGAACUCCUGCUGCUGUAAAGACUAUAGAAAUAGGAGACAAUCCAGUGAUUACAAAUGAAUUAAUUAUACCUUGGCGUUUGUCUCACCCCAACAUCGUACGGAUGAUUGCUGUAGCCAGAAGUGAGACACACGUCCUCAUUGCUAAUGAGUAUAUCCAUGGAGCCAAUUUGCAGGAGGUUCUUUACAAAGACACUCCCAUCAAGGUAGUGCAUCAUCAUAUUGGGUGUUUGGUGAAAUACGUAGAAGGUGCUAGAAAGUUAGAGAACCCCUCAGAGAUUCCUGAAAAUCUGCAUAAAUAUGACCUAAAGUGUAAUCAGAUCUUAAUCUUAGACAUCUAA